AUGGCAGGACCACUGCCGCAGCUGGCACCGGCCAGGCUGCUCUAUUCCUCUUGUUCCUUGGAGAAGACUCUGCAGUGCAGCUGUUCCUUCCAUGGCAUCCCCACACCCUCUGUGCAGUGGUGGAUGGGAGGUACUCCUGUGGGUGUGAACAACACAGAUAAGGUCCUCCAGGUGACUUCCACCAUAAUUGCCCCCUGGGCCAACAGCACCAUCAGCCUGACAGAGCAGCCAAGAAUGAGCACGAGGCUCCUCUGUAAGGGGAAGAACAAAAAUGGAACCCACGCUUUGAGCAUCCUGCUACUACCAAGAGAGAGGUCUUCGCCGGGCAAGACUUUCAUUAACGGGCUGAUCCAGGGCCUUGUCUAUGGAGCCAUCGCAACUGCCCUGCUAUUCCUCUGCUUCACCCCACUCAUAAUGAAAUAUAUCAGAGUGAAGCUGUCAAAGAAAGUUGCAGCGGUCAAAGCAACAAACAACCCUAAAGUCAGAGCAAGCCAAGAAGCCAAGAUGCCUCUGAAGCCUCAAGAGCCAGGAAAAUCCACCAUCAGCCCAUCUUCAGAGAAGCAGAUAUUGGACCAGCAGGAGAAGACAGAGUUGCAGACUCCAAUCACGAGAUUCUGA